GAAUCCUUCUUUGCUGCCCCGACUCAGGACUAUAAUGACCAGGGAGCUGCUAGCUCGCAACAAGGACAAGGAAUACUGUCACGUCGCGCUCAACCUUGACGCUGCUUUUGGAUAUCCAAAGGACUUUUGCUAUGGAAAUAGGCUGUGUUUUAGUGGUCUGCUUUAAGGUCUUCAGUGGGACUCGUUGAGGCACACUCCACACCCCGGCUGCUUAUGAAAGGUGCAGGAGUACUGUGGUUCAACUUUGAUAUACCAUGGAGAAGAGGUGAUCCUGUCCUUCUACUGCUAAAGAAAUAUAAUCAAAGAUCAUGGGGAAUUCAUACGCAGGGCAACUAAAAUCUGCCCGCUUUGAAGAAGCUCUACACAACUCUAUAGAGGCUUCAUUAAGAUCGAGCAGUGGUGAUCCACAGCCUGUGUUCACACAGCUGUAUCUCGAGCCCGAUCAGUAUUCUGGAAACCUGGAAGAUAUUAAGCCCAAAAUGAACCUGAGUCUGAGGUCCGACCCACCCAGCCAUGUGUUGGUGAAUUGCCAGUCCUCCAAUUCCGUUGAUGAUAUGGACGAGGAGGAAGAUUCAGACACCAGCAGUCCACCGUUGCCUUACCUGCAGGGACCUCCCCCUGAUGGCUGCUGCACUGUUGAUGGUUUCUGUCAAGCAGGAAAGGAUCUACGCCUGGUUUCCAUGGCAACAGAGUCUGUCGAGGUUCCCGCAGGAUUUGAGCUGGUUGGUGCCAAAUCGCCCAGCAUCCCAGAGCACAUCCUCGUCUGUGCAGUGGACAAGCGCUUCCUGCCAGAUGAGAAUGGGAAAAAUGCACUUUUAGGGUUUUCAGGGAACUGUGUAGGCUGUGGUGAGAAAGGUUUCCGCUACUUCACAGAGUUCUCCAACCACAUUAACCUGAAGUUAUCCACUCAGCCGAAGAAGCAGAAGCACUUAAAGUACUACCUGGUGAAGAACUCUCAGGGUGCUCUGUGCAAGGGAGCCCUCAUCUGCUGGAAAGAUUGUAAGACACGGCCAUUCUCAGGCAGUGCUUCUUCAUCCAAGCCUAGUUCUUCAUCCUCACUAAGCAGCAAAGAAAAUGGAGACACAAACGGCCACAGUCCAUCUCCCUUCCCCCUCUCAGACUCGCCUCCUGCCCGCUUGCAAUCUGGCUCAUCCUCAGGGAUUUUUGGACCCCCAGAGCUGGGCUUCCUCAAACCGUUGAACACGCCGACUCACGGGACCAAGACAUUACCGAUCGUUCCCACUGCCCUCCGAGUAAACGGUCUAACUAAUGGUCUGAGUAUGGACGGGCGGUCCAGUCUUCUGAGCCCCCCUCAUACAAGCCCACUCGCCACACCUAAUCAUGGCUAUAGGGCCACAGAACCUGGAGACAGUCCAGCAUCCUCUGCUAUGGCAUCAGGUCCGCCCAAAAAGCGCCACCGUAGCUGGCACCCCGCCUCUCUAGUGCCCGUCCCAGCCACGGCUGUCCCUGUGCCUGCUAUCCGACCGCUGACGUGCAGCUCUGGUUCUUUAUUGUCCCUGUCCAAUCAACAGCCUCCAUCAGUGUCAGGGGUCAUACAACCCCAACCAAUCACAGCGGGAGAAACUGUCAUCAUUCCUGACAACCUUCUGAACUCAUCCGGGGUCCGGCCAGUCCUUCUCAUUGGUCAAGGCACUUUACCGUACUUCUUUGGCAAUGUGGGUGAUCUGGUGGUGAGCCCCCUACUGGUGAGCUGCUAUAAGGGCAGAGAGCUCAAUGAGAAGACCCUCGCCAGUCUGGGCAUGUCAGCAAACCAGUUACUCACCACAGAGACCAUGAUACUGCUCACACUUCAAUAUCUUGCUCGACUUGGUACGGAGCAGAUCCCGUUACGGGAAGAGUUUGAGCAGAUUGUGCUGAAGGCCAUGCUGUGCGGCCCGACCGGCCCUCCCAUGUCGCCCUCCCAGCUGCCCUGGUUAGCCCGAAUGGAGGCCAGUGUGUCAGGAGGCAGCGUUCAGGUGCUGGCCACCCACGGCUCCCUAGGGGAGGGCAUCUCUGAGUCGCUGCGCUCUCUGAGUGAAACGCCACCGCAGCAGCAGCAGUGUCUGCCCAACUAUGUGCUCAUUAUCUGCACCACCAAAAGUGGAGUAAAUGAGUUCUGUGUGCUCGUCUUGGGUAAAUAUCAGUCUCGGGCCUUGGCUGAGAGCAUGCUCACUACGAAUGAGUUUCUGAAGGAGAUCAGCUAUGAGCUCAUCACAGGGAAAGUUAGUGUGCUUGCCUCACACUUCCAAAGCACCUCAUUAGGCGACAACAUGGACAAACAGCUGGUUCGGUACCAGCGUAAAUGCAAAGACCGGGUGGUUCAGCCCUUUCAGGGACAUCUCACCGAAUACAUCCACUCCCAAGAGGCUGCAGCCAUGGUACCAGAAUCAGGGCCAGAUCUUCUGAGUGAUGGCUUUCAGAUACAUCCUCCUCAGCUGAGCGUUGCACGUAGUCUUUUGUCGCAGGUGUGUGCUAUCGCUGACUCAGGGAGCCAGAGCUUAGAUCUGGGCCGCUUCUGCAAGGUAGACUUCCUGAUUCUGGUCCCGCCCUCCCACGUCCUGGUUCACCAAACAGUCCAGCGAAUACGACUAUCAGGCGUCCUGAUAGAUCUGGGUAUAGAGGACGCUUCAUUCGCCCUACAGAAGUCUGACAAGUAUGUGGUGCGUCUGGACGCGGAGGUCCACACAAAAAUGGAGGCCUUCAUGAGGAAGGUCAAGCAGAACCCUUAUACGCUCUUCGUCCUUAUUCACGACAACUCGCACGUCGACCUGACCAGCGCUCUGUCAGGGUCGGUUUGUCACGGGGAGCUGCAGGGAUUGGCCGACCGCGUGGUGAACUGUCCAGAGGUUCUGGAAGCAAUAAAUUUGCUGGUGCUGCAGGUCAGCUGCUUCCCGUUCACCCUGCAGAGCCGUCAGUCACGCAUCAGUACCCAGAAUGAAGUGCACUGGCCCAACACUGAGAACCUGCAGGGUGAGGCUUCUCCUAAGGACCUUGUCUACUUUGGGCUGAAGGACUACAGCAAGUCCCUACAGUGGGGAGUGGCAAGUCCAAUCCUUCGAUGUGACGACGCCUUUGAGCGGAUGGUCAAAACCCUGCUGCAGAGGCACCCGCAUUUGCACAGUAUGGUGAUCCGCAGCUACCUGUUGAUCCAGCAGUACACAGAGGCUCUGAUGGCCCUCACAGCGGCCCCCUCACUGCGGGAUCACGUGACCCCUCAGACGCUCGCCAUGGUGGAGGAUCUGCUGAGCGUGCCGGGACGCAGCAGGCACGGGUGCGGGCACAUGCUGCUGGUGCGAGUGCCCUCACUGCAGCUGGCACGGCUGGCGCAGGAGCGGCUGGAAGAGGCCCGGGACAAGCUGGGGCUACAGUACCGCUUUGCAGUGCUGCUGGGAAGCCCUGCUGCGGAGAUCAGCCUGCCCGUCCACUUCUGUGCCCGCCUGCGGGCUUGGAGGGGCUGUAAAAAUGAAGAGUGGGUCCCGCAAACAUAUGAAGAUCUGGAAGGACUUCCAUGCAUUGUCAUCCUCACAGGAAAAGAUCCUCUAGGAGAGACCUUCCCAAGGUCACUGAAGUACUGUGACUUGCGGCUGAUUGACUCCAGCUACCUGACGCGCACAGCACUGGAACAGGAAGUGGGUUUGGCCUGCUCGUAUGUGACACGCAGAGUAAUACCUGAGACGAAAACUGCAGCGAGUAGAGAAGAGAGACCGAGACAUGAUGAGAGGAGCUCAGGAGAAACGACAGAACAUGACGAUCUCCAUAUGGAGCUGGAAAGACCACCCAGCAAUGCCAGUGCUGCAACCAGGACCUCUGGCUCUACCACAGAAAAUGGCGUCAGUUCUUCAAGUGUACUCGACAAAUCCACCUCGCACAGCGACCCGUCCGGUAGCAGAAAUGUAAUGGACUCUUGCACCUCUCCCAUUCGCUUCAAACAGGAGUGUGACUCCCAGGCAGCCCCCUCUUCCGCCACGUCCUCGUUCUCCUCUGCCUCCUCGUCCUCGUCCUCGUCCUCGUCCUCUCCGGCAGCUCAGAGACCGAGCCAGUCCACGCAGGCUCCACGUGAGUGUAACAGGACGCAGGUCUUUCCCCGGACGGCGGUUCUCUCUCGGGCGGCGUACGCCCUGCUGGCCCCUGAGACGCUGGGUCAGCCCAGUUCAGCAUCUCUGCUGCCUCACGGUGAUGUGGCGUGGAGCAGUCCACUCAGACCGCCUGUUCCUCACGGUCUCGGCGGAGCAGAGCAGUCCCUCUACUAUCGCCAGUGGACCACAGCCAGGCAGCACCACGCGGAUUACGAAGUGCCGGCUGCGCCGCAUCCCAGAAGACUGCUGCUGAGUGGGCCACCACAGGUUGGAAAAACAGGUGCGUAUCUGCAGUUUCUACGAAUUCUGUUCAGUAUGCUGAUUCGCCUUCUGGAGGUGGACGUGUAUGAUGAAGAAGAGCUGGACGAGGACGUGCAAGACAAAUCAAAGUUCCCCCCUGCUAGUGGACUGCAGUGGCCUGACGUGGAGGACAUCCACAAACUGCCAUUUGACCUCUACCCCCGUGACCACAAGUUCAGUUAUGCCAGUCCAGUGUAUGCAGACAGGAUGCCAAAGACCCUGAACGGGGUUAAAAUAGAAAGAGUAGAGGCAGAAGAUGAGCCACCGAAGAGAAACACAGUGUCUGUAAGACUCAGCCUGUUUGCGGCCCACAAUGCAUUUCACCACUGUGAGCAGUGCCACCAUUACAGCGAGCCUGCUCCUGCCGCUCAGCUGUCCGAAUGCACCUUCCACGCCUUCACAUUCUGCUCAUCUAUGCUGGGAGAGGAAGUCCAGCUGCACUUUAUCAUUCCUAAAGCCAAAGAGCCUCAUUUUGUCUUCAGCCAGCAGGGCAGUCACUUAGAGAGCAUGCGACUCCCACUGCUCUCAGACAAGGAGUCUGGCUUGCUGAAAAGUCCAAUCUUCACACCCACAACGGGCCGCCAAGAGCACGGGCUUCUCAACAUCUACCAUGCCAUGGAGGGAGCCGAGCACCUGCACAUUUUGGUGGUCAAGCAGUAUGAAAUGCCCCUCUACAGGAAAUACUGGCCCAACCACAUCCUUCUAGUGCUGCCCGCCAUGUUCAACAACUCAGGAGUGGGAGCGGCUCGAUUCAUGAUCAAGGAACUGUCCUACCACAACCUGGAUCUGGAGAGGAACAGGCAAGAGGAGCAGGGCGUCAAACGGCAGGACGUGUGGCCCUUCAUAGUUAUGAUGGAUGACUCCUGCGUCCUGUGGAACGCUCAUCAGCCUGGACCUGAGGGCAACAGUGAGGUGAUGAACGUGUCACUGAAGAGCGUCCUACAGCACAUGGAGGACACUCCUAAGAUCUCUCUGUAUGCCAUGUGUGGCCUGCGGAAAUGGAGCAGUAGUUUGUCCUCUCAAGCUCCCACAAGCCCUUUCUCUCGCUGUCACCUGCAUGACCUCAUCAUGCUGAACGUUGACCUCACUCAGAACGUCCAGUAUGACCUCAACCGAUUCACAUGUGAAGAGGUGGACUUCAACCUGAGGGCAAACAGCAGUGGUCUUCUGCUCUGUCGGUUCAAUCACUUCAGCAUCAUGAAGAAACACAUCCCCAUCGGAGGACAUAAAGACUUCCUCAUCAAGCCCAAACUUAUGAGGAUUGAGACCCCGGUGCAUGUGUGUGCAUCUCAGUAUGUGUGCGCUCCGGACAGUGAACACACACUUCUGUCUGCGCCGGCUCAGUUCCUGCUGGAGAAGUUUCUGCAGUCCUGCAGCCACCGUCUCUUUCCUCUGGCCCUCUGUAACAGCGCUAACCCCGUGCUGUCCAUAGAUGGCUACCUCAACCUCGGCCCCGAGAUUCAGGUGUGUUACGUGAGCUCGCGGCCUCACUCUGUGAAUGUGGAUCAUCAAUGCGUGGUUUUCAGUGGGCUGCUGCUCUACUUGUGUGACUCCUUUGUCGUUUCAAGCCUCCUGAAGAAAUUCAACUUCCUCAAAGGAGCCACGCUGUGUGUGAUCUGUCAGGACCGGAGCUCCUUGCGUCAGACUAUUGUGCGUUUGGAGCUGGAGGAUGAGUGGCAGUUUCGUUUGCGAGAUGAGUUUCAGACGGCCAACUGCAGCGAGGACCGUCCCCUAUACUUCCUCACAGGCCGCCAUAUCUAAUCUCCACAUCUCCAUUUCCCUUCAACUGUUAGCCACAGAGAAGAUGUUUUUCAGCAUCAUAACUCUCGAACUGCUUAUAAAGAGAAUGAGUCGGCCCUCUCCAGUCGGCACUACCUCGGACAACGUUUGAGGAUAGAUACUCUGAAGAAAUGUCCAAAUGACAGAUACUGUGCUGGAUACAGAUGUUGUGCG